CACGCCGUUCGACUUAGUCCUGCACUCUCUCUCUCCCCCCCCCCACCCGAAGAUGCCUGGCGUCUUCGGGACUCCGAGUCGAAAGCGUAGGAAGAGAGGAUACGACAAGGAAGAAGGGACCACGUCGACGGUGGCGGCGCAGUCCGACCUUUCUAACGCUGGAGCACCUUUGCAUGCCAUGAAGAGGCUUAUGGCCUUCACAAAGCGAAAGAAGAAAAUAAUGCCGGACGAAAGCAAGACCUCGGGAGGGUGGGACCAUGCCAAGACGGCCGUGGCUGUCAUCGGUGCCCUCGCUGACGCGUCCGUUAAUGUGCCUGGGCUGAAGCUUGUGUUCGGGGUAGCAGCCGAGAUUAUCGUCAUGGCGCAGAGUGAGCAGUCGAACAGAGAGGAUGCCAAGGAAAUCGAAAGCAUCGUACAGAAAAGCAUCCAGAUGCUGGUGGAAGCGACUACGAAAGGUGGGAUGGAAGAGGCGAAGGACGCCAUUCAGGCAUAUGCUAGUGUGCUAGAGGAAGCGAGAGAUGACAUGAAGUGUCUGAAGAGUCGCAAAGUAUGGCGGAGAAUCCUCAGUAGCGAUGCAGACCGCCAGAAGAUAGUCAGGGCCAAAGAGCGACUGAACACGGGGUGGCAAGGACUACAGACAUCGCUGGACCUUCAUAACGCCGCGGUGCAAGCCCGAAUAGAGAAGCAGCAGGCCCGCAACCACGACGCAGUCAUGGCCCGCCUCAAGCAGGCCGUGGACCAGGGCACAAAGAUUGUUCAAUUGAUUGCGAAGUCUGGAGGAGAACGAGAGACAGAUUAUAACAUCGACAUCACUGGCGCGAGCCGUCGUCUCGUGCCGGUGAUGCUGAAGGUAUAUUCGCCUCUCGAAGCCAAAUUGCCUCGUGUGGUAAUGGACGUUCAUUCUGUCGUUUUAUUUGGUUGAGCCCUGUCUCUUAUGCCUAAUUGCGCGACGCCCCGAGCUUCACUCCGAGGUCAUACUCGGUCUGUCAUGCAUGCACGAGCAGGGCACCCGCG